UGUCACGGCGGUUAGUGCUACAAGAGACUGACAGCGUUUACUAGAUUACAAAGUGCGGUGUCAAGACCCGAAGGAACAAGCCUAGACGGACGUGAUUUUUACCUACAUUUAUGAUUAUCUUUCGAUUGGUCAUCAAGAUGAGUGACAUGAAUCGAUCGGUAGAACUGGGACUUGGUCGUUUCACUGGUCACGUAUCCGGCUUGAAUCGUAAAUGAACGGUCUUAACCUCCCUACACCGAGAGAUGCCAAAGGGAGAAGAGUUCUCCGCUUUGCUUCUGACAUUUGUGUUGAUGAUUCACCUGGGGAUGUUACUUUGUAAUUAAACAGAGGAUGUGAAUCCUUCGUUGACUUGACAGCUCGUCGGAUUAUGUAUGGUUAAUAAAAUAUAUUCCCCGGGUCCAAGUCCGACCAUGGCACUUGGAAACGACACGAGCGAUAUGUUUGACGCGUAUGAGCUCCUCAACAAGACGUUGCUGUUGGGCAACUUGUUUUACACCCCUGCUACCGCCAGUACCAUCGUCCUCAUCGUUCUCUACGUCCCCGUCUUAAUCAUCGGCCUCAUCGGCAACGUCUGUAUGGUAAUCAUCGUCUUCACGUCUACGCGACUGCGGAGUAUGACCAACUUGUACCUGUGCAAUAUGGCAGCGGCAGAUAUGGCAGUGUGUCUGAUCUGUGUGCCCAUGGCUGUGGGACAAGCUGUUUACAAAGUCUGGAUAUAUGGAGAGUUCAUGUGCAAGAUAACGACAUUCUUACAAGGUGUGACAGUAUGUGCAAGCGUCUUCACAAUUACUGUGUUGAGUCUUGAUCGUCUUCUGGCUAUACGGCAUCCGAUGAUAUUCAAGAGGAUAAGUAAUUGCAAGAUGGCAGCCAAGAUGAUCUCCAUCAUCUGGGUCAUUUCCUUCGGUGUCAUGUCCCCCUUACUGGUGUACCGGAAAACCGACAGGGAAGAUAUAUUUCCUGGUCAGACGUUUCACUUCUGCCACGAAGACUGGCCAGAUGACCUACAUCGUCAAGUGUACGACGCCAGUCUGUUUUUCAUUGUCUAUAUCAUUCCUGGUACAGGAAUCUGCAUUAGUUAUGGUCUUAUAGGGAAGCAACUAUGGACAGAGGACGAGAAUCUGAAACGCUGUGAGUCAGAGAUAAGCAGGGGUAUGUCUCAAAGGAUAAUGGCUGGGAGGAAGAGAGUUGCUAAAAUGUUGAUAGCCCUUGCUGUAGUGUUUGCCAUCUGCUGGCUUCCUUAUUACAUUGUCAGUCUCUACCUGGAUUUUCAGACGGAAGAGGAACCUACAGAUUUUCUUGUCAUUUUGCCUUUCUCAAUUUUCCUUGGACACACAAACAGUGCCUUAAAUCCCAUUCUAUAUUUCUACACCAGUAAAAGCUUCCGAAAGUACUUAUGGAAAUUUAUUCAUUGCAAGCGGUAUGGAAUUCGUCAUGAUAAGCCGGUGGAGUUAAUGGUGGAUUACAACCCCGCGGAUGGUCAGGUCCAGACCAGGGCGUCUGGCAACCCUCUGAUCCGCAUCAUGAGAGGCAGUAACAGUUCCUCCAGGUCUGGCAGUCUGAAGUUCUCCAGGUCCAGCAACACCAGUCUCAGGUCCCUGUACACAGACUCUAACUCGUCAGGCAAGAGACGAGACCCGAAAUGCCGAGAACAUCUCCGCCUUCACAAACUGCCGUCGAUCAAGACGCAGGGAGUGGAGGAGCAUCUGAAGACAGAGCUUAAUGGUCAGUGCGUGGUGGAACCAGAUAAACACAUGAAAGAGAUCAUGGACUAUACGUUGAACAUCCCAACAACGAUACAGGAAGAGAGUUCAAAGUCGCGAUGUUCUUCCACUGCAGUCUCACCGGUUGUGUCCAAGAUAAUUGAAAACAUAUGCGCAAAAAUAGACACAAAUCCUGUUACCUCUGUGGAUGACAUUAACACAAGCCUUGAUCACUAACUUCAGGCCGACUGCUGAACUUGUAUAUUAUACUUUUGUUAUUGUCAUGCAUCUUGAAUGGAUACGUGUUGUAAUGCAGGUCAAAUAUGGUACAUGCUUAUAUUUUUAUCCGACAGUACACUGUGUAUGCAUGUGUACGCAUCAUGUUUUGUUUUGUGUUGAAGGACGGUAGGCACAACCAUAAUGCUCGUUUCGUUUCGGAUGGGGUAAGUGGGUUGGGCAGAUAUGAGGUGAAGACAGAUACAUGUCAUUUGUUAUGAACUCGACGCAUUGGCUAUUGCAAAGAUCUUGCGGUAUGUGGUUGUUGUUUAUUGCUGAGGUUUUGUUUUGUUUCUUUGGGUGUGUUUUAAGGGCACACUCAAGAAUAUUCCAGCUGUAUUACGUCCGGCUGUAAAUAUUCGAAUCUGUCCCAGACAAUCCAGUGAUUGAUACGAUGAACAUAGUGGAUAGGUAUUGUAGUAUGACGGUUGCGGGUGCGAAGGUGUGCGAUUGUGCGGAUGUCAGUUGUUCUCCCUACUCACAUUAAAUUUACGAUCAGGAUCUCAUCUGGCAUGUAUUAUAAAUUUUAACGUCUCUUAAGAUAUACUGUUAAUUUAAAUAAACCAACAGCAAAAUAAGGUGUAAUUCAUUCUAGACUAUUAUUAAGUAUCACGCCAAGUUGACUAACGACAGAAGGAUAGCAUAAAGACAAUCACACACUGUCAACGCUUUUGAAUAAAAGUAUAAUCCAGUUUUAUUCCAGCAUAUAUAUGUUUGUGUGCAAUUGUUUUUAUCAUAUGAAUGGAAAUGUGCACGUUUAGAUACUUCCUCAAUUUCCAAAGUGCAGAACCUUCGAUUGAUAGCAAUGCUACGAGUGCUGUGCAGUCACGCAAGAAGGUUAAAUGCAGUGCCAUCAAUAUGCCAUACUCUACUUAACGAUUACUUGCUGUUUGACAAAACAUAAUGAUCAUCAUAAACAUGACUAUCGGCAUCAUUGUUUCGUUGCCAUAGAAACUGCAAUGAAGUUGAGUUGCGCAGAGAUUAUACAUUAAAGUUUACA